AUGGUUUUAAUAUUACCGUUAUUCGUGUGUUUGACUUUAAUAUAUUUAUAUACAACGCGAAAUUUUCGUUACUGGAGUAAAAGAAAGGUAAAACAUGACCCCCCGGUGCCAAUAUUUGGUAAUCAUUAUAGAAACCUUUUCGGUUUCGAGAGCCUCGCCGAGACCUACACAGAACUAUACUUCAAGUAUCCAGACGAGAAAGUGGUGGGCUUCUACCGGGGUAUGAUGCCAGGUCUACUCGUUCGUGACCUCGAUAUUGCCAGGAGUAUUCUGAAUGUGGAGUUUUCCCACUUCUACCUACGAGGUAUGGGUAGGGAUCCAGAAAAGGAACCGCUUCUUAGCAACUUGUUUCACAUUGACGGCGACAAGUGGAAGUUCUUACGACAACGCUUAACGCCAGUCUUUACGACGGCAAAACUAAGGGCUAUGUUUCCCUUAAUCAUAAAAUGCGCUGAAAAACUUCAGGUCGCCGGAGAGCACAUAACUAGCAAAGGAGGAGAUUUUGACUGUCGCGAUUUCAUGGCUAGAUUCUCAACAGAUUUUAUCGGCGCCUGUGGAUUCGGUAUCGAAAUGAACAGCAUUAAUGACGAACACUCAGCGUUUAGAGAACUAGGUAGAAAAUCGCUUUCCUUUCCGCUUCGUCAUAUUAUCCUUCUGGGUAUUUGGGAACUGUUCCCAGAAGUGAGAAAUUCUAUUCGUGUUUCUAGUACAGAGGUGGAAAAAGCGGUAUCGGAUCUUGUUGAGUCAAUAUUCAGACAAAGAAAUUACAAACCAUGUGGUAGAAAUGACUUUGUUGAUUUCUUAUUGGAGUUAGCUCAGAAAGGUAAAAUGGAAAGUGAAUCUAUUGAGAACAGUGACAGUGAAGGAAAUCCAAUACGUGUUGAAUUCGAACUGAAAACAAUGGAUCUUAUAGCGCAAGUAUUUGUAUUUUUUGUAGCUGGGUUCGAAACUUCUUCGUCUGCAACCAGCUUCACUCUACAUCAACUAGCAUUCAAUCCUGAUAUUCAAACUGAAAUUCAGAAUGAGAUCGAUCAAGUUCUAGCAAAAUAUGAUAACAAAUUGUGCUAUGACGCAAUUUCUGAACUGUCACACCUCGAGAUGGCUUUCAAGGAGGCUAUGCGACUCUUCCCAUCAUCUGGUUUUCUGCAAAGAUUAUGCGCAAAGCGCUAUACCAUACCUAAACUUGGUGUUACUAUAGAACCUGGUGUUAUAACAGUAAUACCAAUACAAGCAAUACAGACAGAUGAGAAAUAUUUUGACAAUCCUAUGGAAUUUAAGCCGCAAAGAUUUUCAGACGACGCUGGGAAGAAGAUUAACAAUUACACUUAUAUGCCCUUUGGUGCUGGGCCACGAGCUUGUAUAGGAGGUCGCCUGGGUCAAAUGCAAUCUUUGGCGGGCUUAGCAGCUGUUCUCCAGAAAUUCACAGUCGAACCGACACCGAAAACGCCAGUAAAAUUACCAAUAGACCCAUGGAGGAACGUCCUACAAUGCGUCAAAGGUGGCAUUCCUCUGAGACUUAAACUACGAUCCAAGUUAAACUAA